AUGGCGUUGGAGCUUGAGUAUCGUGCGACUUUCAUUGACGUCUACGAGGACCCGUUUGAGCUGGCAGGCUCACUUGUGCGAUCCUCUUCCGCUCCGGCCACGUACAGGAGGACGUUGGAGUGCGACGCGGAGUUCGAGGAGCGACAGCUGAAAGGCUAUGUGGACAAGCUGUCCCGGAGUUUGGAGGAGCUCUCGCAAGAGGUCAGCCAAAAAGGUGCACAAGGCUAUGAAGCCCAGCCGGCUGCAACUGAAGGUGACGAGGUUCAGCCCGAAGUGCCAGCCUUGUCCCCCCCUCCCCCCACACUUCCGGGCUCCUUCAGCGAAGGGAGUGUAGGGCAUCCCGAGGUGUGCCGCCGACCAUGCGUCUACUUCAACAGGGGCUGCUGUCAGAAUGGUGCUACAUGCACCUUCUGCCAUUACCCGCACUCCAACCGCGGGCCCAAGUUGGACAAGAACCAGCGCUCCACACUGGACGAGAUCACCAAGGCGCAGCUCCUUACGUUGGUGUUGCACUUCCUGCGUGAGCGUGCUGUGGUGACCGGCAUGGCAGACGAGGCUGCCGGCGUUCUUGCCGUCUUCGAAGAAGAGCUGCGCUUCUGGUGCGGGGGCGCGGACGUUGCUGAGCUGGAUGAAUCAGCCAUGGACACCAAGACUCGCAAGGUUGCCAAAGUGAUGGGGAAGAUGUCCUUUGGAGCCCUACUCAGCAUGGCCUCUCAUCGGUUGGACCGUGACCAGUUCCAACGUCACCUUAGCCAGGCGAUGGAAACGCUACGUCGGUCUGGUGAGCUUGUCGGGAUUAAUUAA